GCCGGCGGGCAGGGCGGCAAGCUAAGCAUGGACGAGCUGCGUCCGAAUCUGGUCGGCGGACUGCUGGGGCUGCAGCAGGGCCUGCUGGAGGAUCACGCGAGCAUGCAGCACGGCGGCGUGGGGCAGGACACCAAGUUCAUGUCGUUCCAGGACCAGCGGCUGAUGGGCAUCGGCGGCUCGCACGAGAACCGACUGCUCAGCCUGGCCAGCUCCGUGCAGGAUACGCGCUCGCCCAUUACCACGCUGGAGAAGUCGUCAUCCUCCUCGCUCAACCACCAGCGCAAGUGCAGCAGCACGCCGGAGGACUUCAGCGCCCUCUACUCCGGCCUGCCCACUCCCGGCAUGGACUCGUCCUCGCACCACCAUACGCCGGCCCACACGCCGCCGUCGCGCCUCUCCGAUCACACCAUCUCGGCGGAAGGCGCCUUCAAGAAGCUCAAGCCGGAACCCAACAGCGGCCUGUCGACGGUUUCCGCCGGCAUCACCUCGCCCGGAAGCGGAUUAUCAUCGCUCAGCCAGCACGCCGGCCACACCCCAACCACAGCGUCCUGCCCCACGCCCGCCCGUCGGAGACACCGCACCACAUUCACACAGGAACAAUUAGCGGAACUGGAAGCGGCGUUCGCCAAAUCGCAUUAUCCGGAUAUUUACUGCCGCGAGGAGCUGGCGCGAACCACCAAGCUGAACGAGGCGCGGAUUCAAGUCUGGUUUCAGAACCGGCGGGCCAAGUACCGCAAGCAGGAGAAGCAGCUGCAGAAGGCGCUGGCACCGUCUGUGAUCCCAUCCUGCAACGGGAUGAUGCGCAACAUCCAGGGCUACAGCGUCUCGCGCGGCUAUCAGCCGUAUCCGCACCACAACACCAUGAAUCGCUAUCCCCAGGACCUGUUCCAAAUGGGCGCCUCCUCGUAUCCGGGCAUGACGCAGCCGUUCUCCAUGGCGCACAGCACGAACAUGGGCUCCGUCGGGGUGCGUCAGGACUCGAUGGGCAUGUCGCCGGAGGACGAGUGGUACAACAAGAGCCUGUCCGCCCUGCGGAUGAACUCGUCGCAUCAUCCCAACCUGUCCGCCCCCAUGCUGCAGUACCAGACAUAAUCAAAGACCUUUGACGACUUCUUUUAAAAGAUCGCGCCCUAAUGGCCCUUUGGGGCGCGGUGUUUUAGGAUGGAGUGCGUCAAUCGAUGUCCAGCAGCAGCCACACAUCUCUCUGUCUAUAUCUAUGCAUAUAUAUAUAUAUCGCUGUAUAUACAUAUGUACAUAGUAUAUAUACCAGUCAUUAGUCUACAGCCCAUCCGGGAUGCACCAUCGGAUCGGAUCGGAUCAGGAUCAGGAUCGCAAUCAGGAUCGGAUCGGAUCGGGAUAAGGAUCGGAAUGAAUGAAUGGAGGAGCGCCAUCGUUCAGCUCUGGGCGGGAUUUACUCAUAAGACUUGUUGAUAUUAUUCUGUUUUUUCUUUUUUUUUUUUUGGACAACCAGAUCCAAAUCGAAUAAUGGGGUAAAGCUAAAGGUAGAGAUACAUAUGGGUGGUACAUAUAGAGCCAGAGUCGGAGGUAAACAAAUGCGAGCGGAAGUGGAUUAUGUAAUAGGCAACUAGUCAUAGUAUCUAAGCAAAUUGUGUAUUGAGAUUUUAUCGUGGCAUUAUAAAAAGUAAAGUAACGCGCGCAUCAGGCGCAUAUAUAAAUUUAAAUAAAUAUACUAAAAUAUGUACUAGCGAUAGCAUAAGUCAGGUUGCUUGGCCCCUCCCCCCUCCCCCCUGGCAAGACGUGGAAAUCGUGGCAAGUGGAGCCCAGUCUGAUCUGAUCCGAUCCGGUCUGGUUGGAUCUCUACUCCUAGCUUCUAGCUCCCAGCUCCUAGCUCCGGGCUCCAUGCGGCAACUCUUUGGUUGCUUCUACCGACUCUUCAUUGCCUGCUCACUACUCACUAAUAUAGCUUACUCAACAUACGACGUACAUAUAGCAACUCCUGCUCCUGCUCCCACUCCCCACUUCCCACUGACCCACUGCAUCCCGGACCCACCACUACCACCGCCAUUCAUCCACCAUAGACCCGAAAUGCACAGGAAUCCAAAAGCAGGCAAAUCCGCAAGCCGAACCCAAACGAAUUAAACUACAAACUUUCUAACUAAUUCAAGGUGUGUCGAACUAAUUAUAAGAUGAUUUUUUUUAGCUAAGCAAUGCAUUAACGAGUUAUAUUUAAAAGUAAUUAGAAACCAAACCAAAAGUGAAAAAAACACACACAUGGAAACCAAUAAAAUACAUCACCUAUAUAUAUUUAAAUACGAGAAAAACAGCCAAACGAAAACUACAAGACGCAUGUUUAACAAAUUAUGCCAGACACAGCAAGAAUGGAAAUAAUAAAAAUAUUAAAAAAAAAAAA